CUUCCCAUUGCAACCAAACUUCAAGGUGGCAUUCUAAGUCUGAUAAUCUUUCCAGCCGGCCUCUUGUUUAUCUUCAUGGUACCUCCGCAAAGCAAUAUCAAAACCGCUUUUCCUGAUCGAGAGCCCCUUUCUGGUCAUAUGCUUCAGGCACUUGGUACUCAUGGGGAGUAGUCCAACCCCGCCAUUUUUAACGGUCUGAGGUGAAGAGGAGAAGACCCAAUGAUUCUAUCUGCAAGAAUCGCAGUCCCCUCAGUCUCCGUUGCUUUCCCAGGUGGUCUUGUACGGUCCACUCAGUUAAAGUUCCAAGCUUUCCUCAAACAGCCCUCGGUUGCAAGGACCGACCCUGUUCCAAACAAAUCAUGCGCCCACGGCAACAGUCUCAGAGUCCUCGAAUGGGAUAAGCUCUGCGACUCCGUUGCCUCCUUUGCCGGCACCUCACUAGGCCGCAAGGCUACAAAGAACCAGCUGGCUUCUCUUAAUCAGACGUAUGAGGACAGCUUGAGGCUUUUGGAGGAGACUAAUGCGGCCGUGGAGAUGCACAAACAUGGCGGUUUCAGCUUGGACUUUGGUGGCAUUAACGUUGCUCUGGUAAGGUCUGCGAUUCAGCACGUAUGGAGAGACUCACCAAUAACGGGACAUGAAGCAAUAGCCUUCUCUUCUCUAUUGCAAUUUGCUGAAAGUUUGCAGCUUAGCCUGAGGGCGGUACUCAAGGAAGAUGCAGACUGGCACGGACGCCUGAUGCCUCUUACUGAAGUAAUCCUGCAAAUGGUGGUAAAGAGAUCACUAAUCAAGUUGAUACAGCAAGUCAUAGAUGAAGACGGCUCUGUUAAAGACUCCGCAAGUCCUUCGCUGAGGCGAGCACGUGAGCAGGUGCAGAUGCUUGAAAAUAAGCUACAUCAGUUGAUGGACAGUUUAAUCAGGAGCGAGAACGACAAAUCAUCCUUCCUAGAAGUCAGUAAUGUUGAUGGAAGGUGGUGCAUAAGCUCAGGGGUCGAUAGUCGGACAAACUUCGGAGGCCUGUUGUUAUCAAGUGGUUCAGGUCGUGGAAGCAUCAUAGAGCCACUUGCUGCGGUUCCUUUAAAUGACGAGUUGCAACAAGCGAGGGCAUUAGUGGCUAAGGCUGAGGAUGAAGUGCUCCUAAUGCUAACAAAGAAGAUGCAAAUGGAUCUUGAAGACACCGAAAUGCUACUGCACACUAUGGUCAAACUAGAUGUGAUCAAUGCUAGAGCAACAUAUAGCCUUUCAUAUGGCGGGAGUUGCCCAGAUUUGUUUCUGUUUCAACACGACAAUAUCUCAGAGGGUCUGCAAAAUGGGGAGUGGACAUUGUUUCUCCCUGAAGCUUAUCAUCCUUUGUUACUUCAGCAGCACAGGCAAAGCUUACAGAAGGCAGAGAAAGAUAUAAAUGAUGCAGCUGCAGAAAUUGGGAGAAGAAAAAUGCAGCCAGAAAGAGCUACAUGGAAGAAUGAAAGAGAUAUUGAUCUUUCGGCCUUAAAAGAGAGGGUUGUUGCACUUAAACAAGCUCGCCCAGUUCCAGUCGAUUUCUUCAUAUCUCGAAAAACUAGAGUUCUUGUUGUUACUGGACCUAAUACGGGCGGGAAGACUGUGUGCCUGAAAACGGUUGGAUUAGCCACUAUGAUGGCAAAAUCAGGGCUUCACGUUUUAUCGGCUGAAUCAGUGAAGAUUCCUUGGGUUGAUUCAGUAUUUGCCGAUAUUGGUGAUGAACAAUCUUUGUCGCAAUCUCUGUCUACCUUCUCCGGACACUUGAAACAAAUCAAUGACAUUCAAUCAGAGUCGACAACCCAGUCACUGGUGCUACUGGACGAAGUUGGAGCAGGGACAAACCCUAUCGAAGGAGCAGCACUGGGAAUGUCAUUGCUGGAAACUUUUGCUGAGAACUCUUUAUUGACAAUAGCUACGACUCACCAUGGUGAACUCAAAACCUUGAAGUACAGUAAUGAAGCUUUUGAGAAUGCUUGUAUGGAGUUCGAUGAUGUGAAGCUAAAGCCUACUUACAAGAUUCUGUGGGGAAUACCAGGGCGCUCAAAUGCGAUUAAUAUAGCAGAAAGACUAGGACUACCUGCUCCAAUUGUCGAAGAUGCUCGAGAACUCUACGGGGCAGCAAGUGCAGAGAUUAAUGAGGUCAUAAUUGACAUGGAAAGAUUCAAGCAAGAAUCUCGAGAUCUCCUAGAAGAGGCACGGAAUUACCUCAAGCUAUCAAGAGACCUCCACGAAAAUCUGCUAAUCUCCAAGAGGAAAAUCGAGAGACAUGGCACUAAGCUGAGGCAGAAAAAGCUGCAAGAAAUAUCGGAGGCUGCCACUAGGGCUCGUUCGAUUCUCCAUAGUAAAGCAAGGCAAUUUCGGGAGUCCGCAGCACAGAAAGUCCAACCAAUUAGAGUGAACACAAGUCAGCAGAAAUUUACCAAAGUGCCGCAAGACGGUAAAAAAGAGAAGAACGAAGAUCUCAUGCCUACAAAGAGCGUUUUAUCUUCUCCUGAAGCUUCAGAGGAGGCAAAGGCCAGACUUGAUGAGAGGACUGUUCUUCCGGAAGUGGGUAGCUCGGUGCAUGUUUUGUCGCUUGGAAGGCAAGCAAUGGUUCUAAAAGUGGACCCCUCCAAGGAAGAGGUAGUAGUGCAAGCGGGUAACAUGAAGCUGAAGUUGAAACUUAUUGACAUCAGGACCUGAAUCAUAGAAAAACGAGCUGCACAUACAACGCUAUUCAAGGUAAUGAUCUCAGAGGCAAUGUUACCCUGCUAUACUGGUAAGUUGUAGAGGUAGAGUUUAUAUCGAUUUAUUUCUCGGGUCAGAAAAAGUUCCUGGAGGACCAAAUUGUACCUCCAAUGGAAGCGGUUGUCCCUGUCGUCGUAGGGGCACUCUUGUAAUUUCGUAGUUCGACAGAAAGAGCGAUGCUCGAUGGUUGAUCCUGAAUGGAAUGAUGCAAGCUGCAGAACAUCCCUCAUCAAAACACGCAUCCCCUUGCACGGAAUUUCUUUACUUUUUCCAAUUUUUUUAAGGUUUUGGGUUUUGACUUUGCUUCCUAAUAACAUUUAUGAACAUCUUUGGUAUCUUCCUCGCCCUCCUUAAUUCCUUCCUUGAAUUUAGUAGAAAAAUAGAAAAGGGGACACUUUCCUGUAUGUAGUGCUUGGCUCCUGUGUAACCCAUUAUGAGGAAAUGAAGAUGCAAUUUCCUCCUCUCUAA